GAGGUAUCUAAUGCGUCAUUGAAUCCUCCUAUGUUAGAAAAGUGUCGAUACUGCGGCUGUUCUGAUAUCAAGUUACUAAAACAAUGCCUCUUCUGUGGAGCCGUAGCAUACUGUAGCGAUGAACAUCAGCAAUUCGACUGGAAGCGGCAUAAGCCUAUGUGCAAGCAGACGCAAGCAGAAAGUCAACGUCGUCAGGCGACUGCUGGACCGUCAUCAUGCACCACUUGCACCCAGACGGAGACCAGUUCAGCUUCGAGUCCUGACCCGAGUCCACCGCCGAUGUCCUUCUUAGGUGGUUCAGGUGCGUGGAACAGAUGA